AACAAAAGGAGGGGAAAGAGAUGAGAGAAGAAAAGGAUUGAGUGAAAUAUUGUCAGAGAGAGAGAAAACAUGUUGUAGCACGGAUUAAACAUGUAUUGCUUCAUGCUGAAGACAUUGAAAAAAAUUUGAAUGUAAAAAAAAGACAAACUGACGAACUGGUUACGAUAUCUGAAGGUGCCCUGAUUUACUACACAACAGUUUAAAUCUGGACUCAAGAGUACUUUUUCAAGAAAGAACAGACUUCUCAGUGAAGAGUUAACAGUUUUUUUGGAGCUACAAAAUGAUGAACAAUCGGAUGUUGGUAGCGAUCGUAUUUCUGAGCUUCUUUGUGACAAGAACUCAUACAAGAGGAGGAGAUCAAACCAUCUUUGUGGGCCCUAACUUAAUACAACAGAGUCAAUCUUCUAUGUCUGAUGAACUGGAGAGUAAACUCACAGAUUUCAGAGCUCAAACUUUUAUCGAGGGAAGUGAUGUCAUUUUAAAGUGUGACAGUCCUAAAGUCAAUUGGAACGAAAUAAUUUAUAUCAUUUGGAACAUCAGCCUGCAAAGCAAAAAAUGUUGGCUUGGCAUUGAAUCGUCUAUUCAAAACUCCACUUGUAAUGAUGGAAAGAAGCUGUUCAACUCUUCAGAUGGAAUUUAUUUAUUAAUUCCAAAGAUUUCAAAAGAGGAUGAAGGAUCUUACUUAUGUGAUCUAUCAUAUAAAGGUGGUGGCUAUGGACAAAUGGUGAAUCUCAGUGUUCAUCAUUUUACCAACUGGCUGGAGGUUAUCAAUGGUCAAAGGGUUGCCGUCUGUCAAGCCAAAUAUGAACAAUCUAAACCCACUCUUCAAUGGGAACCCGCCUUGAACUUUUCAUCCAAUAUUAGUAAUACCAGGAAUGGUGAUAUGUCUUUUAUUGUGGAGAAUCGAGUGUAUUUGCCGGAUAAUUUUACCAUCAGUAACCUCACCUGUGUGGUCACAUAUCCCCCCAGUUUAGCGCAGCGAAAUCUUACAAAUCUAGAAACUAUUACCAUAGCAGUCUGUUCCAUUUGUUUUAUUCUUGUAUUUGUGGCUGUGGUUCACAUACUACACAAGAAGCUGAACAACUUAAGUGCAUUGAAAACUAUGUGUUGCAAAUCCAAAAUCUCAACACCAGCUGAAGAAAAACCACCCCAGCCGCCUGAUGUAGAAGAGCUGGAACCCUAUGCGAGUUAUAUACAACGUGUCAACUCCAUCUAUAACUCCUCUGCUGAACUCUUCAACGCCUGAGAGGCAGAGCACACAGACACUUUACGUGAUGACAUACGAUAUCAGGAGAGUGAUACAUGCUGAAGAUGAAUUAGGACAGAAAAGUGAUGCAUUGUGGUCAAAAUCAUACACAUGAACAACAAUACUCGUGGAAAAAGCAGUCAUUUCGAGAGUGAAUCCCCGAAGCAAAAGGACUCUGACUGAGGAAUAAAAGUCACACUGAGUCAUAUGAUGAAAUGUGAUGACCGACAAACAUUUAUCAUAUUUAGUGUAUAGGAAAGAACAAACAACUUACUUGGCGGUGAUAUCACUAAUAUGUAAAUUUGUAGAAACUGUUUUUUUGGCGUUACUAUUUUUAAUUUGAACAAUUAUCUUUCCGUUUACCUUUGUACAGAUAUGUUUUCUUUUACAGUGUUUACUUUUCAAGCAUGUUCAGCUUACUUUGUCUUCUAAAAAUACUAAUGUGGACCUUGCACAAGAAGAUGUUAUUACUUUGCACACAAUUAAGUAAACAAACUUUAUUAUAACUUUA